AUAGCACGUGAGUCCGACUCGGACAAGAGACCACUAGCCUGUCCGAUCGCGAUCUAAAUCAACUUCACAUCCCAAGACCAGCUGGACUUAGUUAUCGACUAAGAACCUACUCAAGGAUCGGUACUCGGUCGUUCUUAAUCAACGUUUCGUACAAGUCGGAUACAAAGUGACCACGCGAUCAUUUCUGGCCUGGGUCUUCCGCCAGCCGUCCACGCCUGCGUGCCGUUUCGAUGGAGCAAGAGGUCGACAGAUUUAUACAGGCCAUACUCAUUGCCUGCGAUCCAUCUCAAGUGGCGCUCCAUCAACAAGCCCUAGAGUAUCUCUCUCAUGUUCAACAAAACGCACACGAGUCGUGGCGUCUUGCUCUCAAGGUCUUUGUGGACAUAGAUCCAAGUGGGCAGGGUCGAAAAUAUCAUCCCCAAGCAAGAUUUACUGCUCUGCGUGUGCUAGACGAAUUUUUUGAUAAUCGGUUUGAUCGACUGGACGACGACACCUUCCGCUCACUGCAUGAGUCCAUCCUGUCCUAUAUACAAUCAGAGUACGUUUACGGUCCUGCCGAGUCCAACGCAUCAUUCCUCCGCAACAAAUUCUCCCACACAUUAACAUUAUUCUUCCUCUGCACGUAUGUCGAGCAAUGGCCAACAUUCUUCACCGACCUAUUCCAGCUCAUUCGCAAUGGGGAUUCGUCUGAAGCAAAAUUCAACCGCCACGUAUCCCUUCUGUUAUUCCAUCUUGUCGUCGAAAUAUCUGGCGAAGUUGCCGACCAAACUCUCAAAGCCGCUCGAACGUUCAAUCCUGUGCGGCACGCAAGGGAUGGCCGCGUAAGGGACGCCGUGCGAGAACGUGACGCUGCCUUGAUUAACGAGGCAGUUCUGACUAUCGUCGCCGACGCAGCUGAGAGGAUGGCAGUGUUGCGGAAAUCAGGUGCAAAAUCAGCAGCCUUGGAUGAGGCCGUGGAGGUCGCGGAUUGGGGCGUCAGGACAUUUGCUUCUUACGCUGGUUGGAUCGACAUCAAUUUGACAGUGACUCCUACUACGGUCCCACUACUCUUCUCUUUGCUUGCCGACCCGUCACUAGCUAUUAGACUGGCUACUUCGGCAGCGCUGCUCCGCAUUGUUUCAAAGGGAUUGAAGGAGCCUGAAGACAAGUUGCAGUUGAUAAAAGUGCUAUCGUUGGAUCAGGUGGUCGACGCUCUUGAAGCCAAGACGCGAGCACAACAAAUAGAAAGAGGCGCUGAUGAAGACGAAGGGGAAGAGUCAUACAGAGAGGCUUUGGGAAAGCUUCUGAAUGUCUUGGGCCUUGAAUUAUCAAAAUUAGUAGAGGAAUGCGCUAAGCCCCAAGUCGUUGCUGAAGCAAAACAGUUCCUCGGCCGGGUCCUGCCGAUCAUGCUAAGAUUCAUGGCUGAUGAAUACGAUGAUACUUGUUGUACUAUAUUUCCACUCCUCCAGGCCGUCCUUGGCAGCUAUAAGAGGAACAAAAAAGUGUCCCCUGGCCCACUGGAUGAAUCAACGCGAUCGUUUCUCACUUCUUUACUCAAUGUCGUUUUACAGAAGAUGCGGUGGGACAAGGACAACGACCCAGCUGACAUGGAUUUGGAUGAUGUAGAAGCAUUCGAAAUCCUCCGAAAGGAUCUCCGGUCGUUCAUGGACUCGGUUUUGACCAUAGAACCGGACCUCGUUACGCAGGCAAUACGAACUCUAGUCCUCACUACGCUCUCUACCUAUCGCAAUGGAGUUCCUGUCGAAUGGCACGAUGCAGAGCUUGCGGUUUACCUUGUUUAUAUAUUCGGAGAAAUCAGCAAAAGCGGAGGCAAGGGUCGCGCAGCCUUUUGCUUGGCGCCUUCAGUACCAAAAGACAAGAGAAAAGACGUCGAUUAUUCGGAAUACCCUCUCACCCCUCAUGGAGAAAUACUCUUGGCCCUUGUCCAGUCCCAGAUCUCGGCAUAUCCUCAUCGUGCCGUGGUCAUGCAAUUCUUUGAGACCGUUGCACGGUACAGCGACUUUUUCAAGAUACGGAAGGAUUGCAUUGUGCCAACUCUAGAGGCUAUGGUUGAUGCACGGGGUCUUCACAGCUCUGAUGUUUCUGUUCGAAGACGGACAUAUUACCUUUUCCACCGUUUUAUCAGGGAGGGCAGGAACGAUGUCUCGUCGGAGCUUGCAAUCAGUUUAAUAGAAGGCAUCCGGGAUUUACUUGUCAUUCAAGUCGAUCUUCCAACACCGGACAGCCCAGAAGACGACUUGCUCACAGAAGCCAUAAAGAAUCCUGGGCUAUUCGACCAUCAGCUAUAUAUCUUCGAGACAGUGGGCAUCCUCGUGUCACUUCUCUCGAAGGAGCGAGAACAACAAGCUAGCAUUCUUCUGUCGAUCGUGACACCGCUUCUGGAUGUUUUGUCAACAAAUCUGGCAUUGGUCAAGAGCAAGGAAGACGUAAUACCCAUUGUGCAGAUUCACCAUGCCAUCAUGGCCCUUGGUAAUAUUGCCAAGGGUUUCCCUGAUUAUCCUUCUCCGGUACCGGAAGGAUACUCUUUUGCCCCUCUAGAGGUCUUCCGACAAGUUUCUCGUGCGGUCCUUGUGGCAUUGGAAGCGAUGAACGUCUUCAAAUGCGUGCGCGACGCCGCGAGAUACGCCUUCGCGCGCAUUAUUGCAACUACAGGUUCUAAUGUGACGGAUCUCAUUCCCCCACUCAUGGCCAACCUCUUGGCUCACUUCGAACCGUCGGAGCUUGUUGACUUCAUGAACUUCAUCGGGCUUCUCAUUCAUAGGUUGCAAAAGGAUUUGUUUGAUGUGCUAGACGAGCUUCUUGGCCCGCUCAACGCACAUAUCACGGACCUGCUAUCUCAGCCCGUCACCGGCACAGAUGACGGCUUGACGCAUGCAGAGACUAAGCGCUCAUAUCUUGGACUUCUCACGAGCAUCAUAUCUUCCGAGGUCCACGGCGUCUUCAUCUCCGAACGCAAUAAAAAUUCAUUGGAGCCUUUGCUCGAAAACAUGUGCCGAUUAGCUCAGGACACGUCGGAUCCACCCAGCCAGAAGGCUACUUUCGCGUUCUUUGGCCGCGCUGUACAGGUCUGGUGCAGGCCAGACCCACCUCGUGUGGAUGCCCAACAAGGUCUAGCGGGCUUCGAACGCUUCGUGUACGAGCGACUAGUUCCGACUGCUUUUGCGGUGUUGUCUUCUCCUCAAUUCAAUCCGAAAGAUGGGCAGAUGUUGAUGGUUAUGCUGGAAAUCGCCAAUUUCCUCCAGGUUGUGUAUAACGCACGGAAAUCAGAGGCGCAUGAAUUUUUCGUCUCUGUGUUUCUCCCAUCGCAAGGCUGGCCUCAGCAGACCGCAAUGGAGUUUGCGUCGAAACUAAGGGAUCUGGAUAACAAGGGAUUUAGAAAAUAUUUCACCGAGUUUGUGAGAGUAUCUAGAUCUCAGCCCUCGUAGCGUCCCCGGUACCCGAUAUGCGUGCACUCCGGGUUUAUUACUACUUUAAUGCCAGAAACCUGCUGGUGCUUUAUAGUAUUACCUCAUCC